AUGGCCGUGAACCGGUCCAUCUUCCGCCGAGCGAUGGUGGUAGCCGGAUCCGGUGGCGCCGGGCUGGUCCCGUGUCUCGCCGCGCUCGGGCUAUUGCUCCUCCAGGUCGGCGCCGCGAUCAACCUCUGGAAUUCCCGCGAGCGAGGGCAGUUUAAUUUUUCCCCGUCUUCGAGCUUGACGAUAUCCGAGUUCCUGCGGUUUCUGAUUGCGACCCUUUUGUUGGAACGCGAGGUUCGCAGACGAAGUGCCAGCGCCGAGUACUCUUCGCUGGACAAUAGGUUGGAGGAGUAUGAGGAGGAGUUGGAUCUCGGCGCUGAGGACGGACGGACGUCUGGCGAGCACGCCGCGGAGAAAGAACCUCGACAAACUCGCCGCCUGGGAGGCGCGACAGCGCUCUGGCGUUAUGUCUGGGGAGACGCGGACUUGAGGUUCGGAUUAAUGAGGAUUGCUUUGCUGCAAAUGCUCAGCAACAACCUAUUGUUUCUCAACUACCUGGUCAGCGAUCCAGGUACGGUGGCCAUCUCGAAGAGCGGCAUCGCGGUCGCAGCCGGCCUCCUCACCACACCGGCAUUUGGUCUGAAAGGCCCAAACACCCGAUGGAUGGCCUUCUUGAUCCAGACCUCGGGCCUGGUGCUCUCCCAAUUCUAUCCGCAACACAGCACAAGGGCAUCGACGUACCCGCUCCCCCUCUACUUCAGCAUCGUCGGCCAAGCCAGCUUCAGCGCCUUAGCCGACAUAAACGGCGAGAAGCUGCUAAAGGGUACCGACCUGAGCCCGAACGGGGCAAACAUGGUGCUGGGAGCCUUCGGUGCGAUCCUCAACUUGCUUGUGCAUGCGCUUGUGCGACUGUACAGCUCGUUCGAACCCACAUUCUUCGGCGGCUACGACAGCAAGGGUUUGUCGGUGGUCUUCCUGACCACCGUGGUGGCGUUGAUCAGCACUGUUGCACAAAAGAAGGUCGACUCGUGGCUGAGGUGGUUCGUCAACGACUUCACCAGCGUUGUGUUGCUACUUGUUUCCGCGCGCUUCUUCUCGUCUCAUUACAGCAUAUACGUCAUACCAGGCACGGCGCUCAUGUUCAUCGCUUCGCUGGCAUAUAUGAAGUAUGCUCCCUUGAAAGAAUACAGUAGCUCGUUCCCGGUGGAUGAUGGCCCGCCCUCGAAGGCGCCGCCAGUGUCCUACAAGAAAGCAAAGCUCGGCCUCCUUACUGUCGCCGGCUUUCUAAGCGCAGGCAUCAUACCCUACGCAACACUUUCAGAGCUCCCGCACACCCCCGAGUACCGACUCGUCAUGAGAGACGACGGGAAAUGCUCGACGCCUCCUGUGGAAAUCAUCACACCCUUUACGGACAAGCAGGAACCGUUCAAGAUCACCACGGGACCCGGCAACCUCACUGCUUCGCCCUUUAGCAACACGCUGGCCAUGAUUCGCUGGAACGCGAAGCGCAUGGAACGCGUGCCCCUACUGAUGAAGUACAAGCCCUUCUAUCACACCGUCCAUAUCUCCAUGCCGGAGAUGAUCGAGGACAAGCCCGAAGACUACCACAACCUCACCCACUCGCAAUACUCACAAUUUGAGACGAUCUACUUGCAAGUCGCCCGGACGAUGAAGCUCAUCCUCGACGAGCAACCGGACAUCGAAGGCCUCAUGUAUUUCCAUUUCGACUCUUGGAUCGACCCGAUGGCUUGGGUCGACGAGAACCGCCAGUCCAUCUGGUUCCCGACAUCCCACAACACGCGGCAAUACGAUGGCAACGGCCCGCGGUACAUGUGCAUGACGGACUGGCAAACGUACCCCCAGUGGUGGCGCUGGUCCGAAAAGUGGAACGAAAAGACCGUCGCCGUCAACGGCGAAAUCCUCCGGAUGAACCGCGGCUACACGAUCAAGGAGGACGAGUUCUGCGUGGGCUGGUCCGACAUCUUCUACAUUCCCCGGCGCUUCUUUGCCGACUUCAUCUUCUUGGCGCACGUCUUUGGGUGCGCGGACGUCUUCCACGAGGUGGCGAUCCCGACAAUGCUCAACAUCAUUGACCGGAGCCGGCGGAGCGAGGCGGCCAAGUUCCAGCCGGUGAUUGACCGCAUCGGGGACUGUUGGGGCGGGUGUUGCGAUGACUCGGCGACGGCGCACGACGUCAAGUGGACGCGGUGUGGUCACCGGUUGAAUUACUUGAACCAGGAGGUGAUUGAUGCGCAUUACAACCGGUUGGACGAGCAAACUGCAUGGCUCGGUCAGGCUGGGAUACGAAAGUCUGGAGAUGAAAGGCGUUGA